AAUUGAACUGGUGUGCGUGUGUGUGAAUGUGUGAGUGCUACGGCCGCUGCCGCCGCUGCUGCUGCUGCUGCUACUGCUUGUCAGUCAUUGUUGCGCGCAAAUCCUGCAAGGACCAUCAAGCAAAACCCGCUCUGCUGUUUUUUUUGGUGGAGACUAUCUGAUUAAAAGAUGCUACAAAUAAGGAACAUCCUGCUGGGAUUGCUCUACAUCAACUGCGCAGCUGCCAUCCAGGUGCAGAUCACGCCACCACAAGGGCAGAUCAGCGUUGGAGAUUCCAAAUUUUUCCUCUGCGAAGUGGUAGGAGAUGCUAAAGACAUAGACUGGUACACGCCCAGUGGGGAGAAGAUUCUUCCAAACAACCCCAACAUCCACGUAAACCGCAAUGACGAGACCAGCUCGGCCCUCAUCAUCUAUCACGCCGACGUUGACGAUGCUGGCAUCUACAUGUGCGUGGCCAGGAAUGGCGACAAGGAGGCGCAGGCUACGGUCCAAGUCAAGAUCUUCCAAAAGAUCACCUUCAAGAACGUUCCCAGCCCGCAGGAGUUCAACGAGGGCGACGAUGCCGACAUUGUCUGUGACGUGAUUGGAUCGCCGCCGCCUUUUAUCUUGUGGAAGCAUAAGGGUGCCAUCAUCAAGGCUGAAAAAGACGUCCGAUUCCGGCACAUGGAGAACGGUCACCUUCAGAUCCGCGGCAUUAAAAAGGCUGACGAGGGCACAUACAUCUGCGAGGCUCGAGUCAUGCAAACGGGAGAGCUCUCCUUCAAGAUGAUCGAAGUGGUCAUUAACGUGCUCCCCACCAUUCGUGCCAGGCAGUCCGAAGUCAAUGCCACUGCAGACAUCAGUAGCCCCGCUCUCUUGGCCUGCGAUGCAGACGGCUUCCCCGAACCCAUCGUCACAUGGACCUAUAACAACGUUGUCCUUCAGUCGGGCGAUAAGUACAGCCUGAACGAGGACGGCUCUGAGCUGCUGAUAAGAGACGUGGUCAAAGUGGAUGAAGGAGAUUACACCUGCAUCGCCAGGAACAAAGCAGGGGAGAAGAGCCUGGAAGUCAGUCUCAACGUCUUCGUUCAAGCUAAGAUCACCUACCUGAGCAACCAGACGGCGUCCGAGUUUGACGAUGAAGUCACGCUUACCUGCGAGGCUUCGGGCGACCCCACACCCUCCAUCUCCUGGAGCUUUGAGAACAGGAUGUUCACUGAAGGAGAGCAGGAUUCGUGGACGCGACCAGACAAAUAUGAGAGCCACGACAGAAACAUCGUAGUCCGCAGCCACGCCAGGGUGUCCUCCCUCCUCUUGAAGAAUGUCCAGUUCACCUAUGCAGGACAGUACCUCUGCACUGCGAGCAACUCCAUCGGUCAGGACAACCAGCAUGUGUACCUGGAGGUCCGCUAUGCUCCAAAAAUUCUGGGCUCGGUGACAACGUACACGUGGGAGGGGAACCCGGCCAACAUCAGCUGUGUGGUGGAAGCCCACCCGGGGGCUUCCGUGACUUGGUUCCGUGAUGGCCUUCAACUGCCCACCACCAACACCACCAACAUGAAGAUCUUCAACACACCGAGCGUCAGCUACCUGGAGGUUUCUCCUGAAUCUCAGAGUGACUUUGGAAGCUACAAUUGCACAGCAAACAAUGUGAUGGGUACCGAGUACAAGGAGUUCCUCCUCAUCCAAGCAGAGGUGCCGUCCUCGCCGGAGAUCCAGCAGGUGGAGCCUUUCUCUAGCUCGGCCGUGGUGGAAUUUGACGAGCCUGACUCCUUCGGUGGAGUGCCCCUCAUCAAGUACCGCCUGGUGUGGCGCAAGCAGUGGCACCAGGACUGGACUACUAUGGAGUACAGUGCCACGGAGGACAUGACCCGGAUCACCAUUGCGGGCUUGAAGCCAGAGACCACCUAUGAGAUAAAGAUGUCCGCCAUCAACGGCAAAGGCGAAGGGGAGAGCAGCCCGACCAGCACAUUCAAGACCAAGCCAGUCCGAGAACCGAGCGCCCCAAAACUGGAGGCCAUGAUCCAAAACCAGGGCAAUUCUCUGAAGGUCAAUUGGAUCAAGCAGGACGAUGGUGGCUCCCCGAUUAAACACUACCUGGUCCGAUACAAGGCUAAACACGUGUCGGACUGGAAGCCAGAGAUCCGCGUGCCGCACGGUAGUGAGUACGUGGUGCUGAGCGGACUGGACUGGAACACCGAGUACGAGGUCCGCGUGGUGGCCGAGAACCAGCAAGGCAAAUCCAAGCCUGGCGUCAUCGCCUUUAGAACGGCGACAGAGCCCACCACCAUGCCAGGUGCAUCGGGUGGCGGCUCGGGUCUGAGCACGGGCGCCAUCGUGGGCAUCCUUAUGGUGGUCUUCUUCCUGCUCCUGGUGGGUGUGGACGUCACAUGCUUCUUCCUCAACAAGUGCGGACUCCUCAUGUGCAUCGCUGUCAACUUCUGUGGGAAAGCUGGGCCGGGCACCAAAGGCAAGGACAUCGAGGAGGGCAAGGCCGCCUUCACGAAAGAUGAGUCCAAGGAGCCCAUUGUGGAGGUGAGAACAGAAGAGGACCAAACCAAGACCCAGGAAGGCGUUGGAGCCCCCGAGCCCAAUGAGACCACGCCUCUGACAGAACCCGACGGGAAGACAAAGGAGGAUGUCAACAUGAAGGAGGAUGUCAAGACGGAGGCCAACAACGCUACGGCCGAGGUGAAGACGGUCCCCAACGAGGCGCCCCAGAUCAACGGCAACGAGAGCAAAGCGUAAUCACCUCAUUGGGGGGGGGGGAGAAGGAAAUGGGGCUGGGGUCAGAUAUUGGGGGCGGGGGCAUGGUGGGUUUAAGGGUCACAGUCACUGAAACCUCAACACGAUUUUACACGGCAAAAAAAACACCACCAUCCCAUCGUAAAACAAAGAAAGUGGGUCCUCUGGGUGUCUUGACCAGCAAAAUGGAAAAAAAGACUUUCAUACGCAUGCCUUAGUUCUUUUUCAAAUACACACAAUUCUACUUUUAGCCAAACGCCCUCGCUCGCGCACUAAGCAUGUCGGGCCCACUCCCAAAAAGAGCAAAGAAAAGUCACAUUUAGAGGAAAAAAGUUUGGAAUUUUGGAACAGGAGUGUUUAAAAGUCGUAUUGUUAUGGGAAUGAAGUACCGUAUUUUCUGGACUAUAAGUCGUACUUUUGUCCGGAGCCAUGAGAGGGCGCUCUAGGCUGGUGUGCCAGUAUCUGCGCCUCCUGUCACUCUACUGAAAUUAGCGCUGAAAAUGGACAUAAACAUCAACUUCUCAAGUCAACUGAGGAAAACGGAAUAUAAAUAUUCCCCAAAAGAUAUCAUAUUCUGUUAUGUUUUGUGUUAGGAUGUAGUGAUGGGAAUAACUGUUCAUGUUUUCUUCCUCACGGUGCAUUUUUGGCUGGUGAAACUCUGGAGCGACUUAUAGUCCGGAAAAUAUGGUAGUAUUUUAUAUACAGUCAUAAUGUUACAGCUAAAAAAAAUAGCAUUUUUUUCCUCCAAUAAAGUCAGAAUAAGGAGAAAGAGGUGGAAUUUUAGGUGAAUAAGUCUGGGGGUUUUUUUCUUUACCAGAAUCAUUGUGUUAUCGUAGCAAAAAAGUUCAAACCUUACCAAAAUAAGUAAUAUUUUUACAACAAUAAGGUAAUACCACAGCUAAAACAAAAAACACCAAGGGUUUCCAAAAAUAAAGUCAUAUUUUUUACAAAUAAUAAGAAUAAUAUUAAUACUAAUUUUACAAGAAUAACAUCACAUUAUCGCCAGGAAGAACUUGUAAUUUUGCGAGAAGUGAGUCAAUGUUUUAUGGAAAAGAAUGUAAUUUUUCAUUUCACAAAAGUUGACUGUAAUUUUAACAUUUGCUUAUUUUAAUGAAACUUUUAACAUAUAUUGCAACUUUAUUCUGGCAAUACUACGACUUCCUUUAUGUCUUUGUUUUGGUAACGCGCUUGUCUCCUAAUACACGUUAUUAGAAUGUCAAAACUGGCUGGCUAGCAACGUUUUCUCGUAAUCUUCCAACUUAAAUCUUUUCUCUCACUACGUAUAUUACACCGCUAGUCUUGUUGCCCGUUACCUUUGGAGUUCUUCUGUUAAUAUUGUAAAUUUACCCUCGUACCAACUUUUGUCGUAAAGAUAUAACUUCUUAGUCGUAACUCUCUGAUUUUUUUCCCCUAAGAAUUUCAUGGAAUGACUCACUUGGGAUUAUUCCGACUUUUAUGGUAAUAUUCAACUCAAAUCAUAUAAACUGCAACUUGACCUUGUCAUGACCUUAGUCUUGUAACAUUAUGACUUUGACCUUGUAAUAUUUGAACUUUUUUAUGCUUGUAUUAUUAAAUUGGUAUUCUCAUUAAGUCCCCAAUUUUUUUUCAGUGUGGCCCUAAGCUUCCUUGGCCAUUCUUGCAAAUCUGAAAUAGUUUUUCUAUAAUUAUCGUCUGUUGGUCCGUAGCUUUACUUCACAGAUAACUGCCUUCACAUAAGAACGCUACACUUUCUUCAUGCGAUGUGAUGAGAUUGUCGUGGUGAUGAUGGAUUGUGGCUCUCGUCCUUGGUUGUUGAUGAAUUCAUGUGCAGACAUUAUUGCCUACUUAGCUUCUUUUUUUAAUGUGUUCAUUUGUGGGAUGUAGUCAUUAAAGCGUUAGCAUGCCUGUUUUUUUUUUUGUUUUGUUUUUUUGCAAAGUUACUGUAUUUCUGUACAUGUUGAUGUCAUUGUAAUGAUGUUAUUAUAAUGAAGGGUUUUUUCAAGGAUUCUGACAAAGAUGGAUUUUAUUUUGUUCUAAAAUGACGAAAUUGUGGGUUCAACUCUGUUGGGAAAAAAAUCAUCAGAUUAUUUAAUGUUUUUAUUUGAUCAAAAUGGGUUAUAAUUCCACACCAUGACACUUUUAGUCUUUAAUAACUUGUCAUGUCGAUGGAAUGUUGCACUAGCGUGACGGACACAGCCGCACUUAGAAGCGCAAAGGCUCUGCAAUAAUAAGAUCUUCAAUUUGCAAAGUUUCAGACAUCGUGGACUUUCCGAUCGUGUUCUUUUUUGCUUCUUGGUGUCAGCUUCAGUGCUCACAUGUUCUAGCUCCGAAUACCUCCUCAUUGAUUUUGCCACACAGAAAAAAAUAAUUGGUU